CUUCUUCUUCUUCUUCUUCUUCUUCUCUUGUUUCUCAGUUUCUCCCUCCAAAACAAAAACACAAUGAAGAAGAACCCUAAUUCCAACAACCCCACUCCCAACGGCACCGUCGUAGCCCCACCGGGGUCAGCCGCAAGAGGAGAAGAGUGCAGCAACUGCGGCACCAAGAAAGGCUGGAUCCUACACAACGUCCGUUACCGCGCCGUCCUCCGCCGCCUCUGCACCUCCUGCGUCCUCCGCCUCCACCCGGGAAGCUUCUGCCCCUUCUGCUUCCUCUUCCACCAAAAUCCCCAAAAUGCCCCCAACCUAGUCUCGUGCUCAAAGUGCCCCUCCCUCUCCCACCCCGACUGCCUCCCUCCCUACGCCGCCUUCUCCCCCUCCCCCUUCCUCUGCCCUCCCUGCUCCUCCUCCUCCGCCCCCAACUUCUCCUUCUUCCGCCUCGAUACCAACAACAACACCCUCGACAAGCGCCUCGCCGCCGUCCUCCUCUGCGCCGCCACCAUCGCCGCCAACUCCAUGUCCAAGGCCGUCGCUUUCGCACGCGCCGAGGCCGACCGCAAAGUCCGCGAGGCCGCCGCCGCCAGGAAGCGCGCCCGCGAGGCCUUGGACCGGUUUGUGAUACUCUCCGCCGCCGCCGCGCAGCCUAGACCGGCGGCGGACCAGGUGUCUGGUUCCUCCAAUGGCGCGCCGACUGCAUUGUCUAAUAAAGAAGCUAAUGGAGACUUGGAUUCUAAGCAACCUCAUUAAGGCUGAAGAGUGAGAAUUUGUUAGUGGAUUUUCGACUGUGUAUUUUUUUUAGCCUGUGUUGUUUCAGCUGUUUAUGUGUUUCUAUUUGAGGAGAUAUCAUUCGAUCUGCAGCAAUUUUAUAGCAUUUGUAGAGUCUGAUUAUUAAUGUAUGGAAACCUCUGGGUUCUUCUGGAUUAUCAUUUUUUCUUUC